AUGGGGAGACGCGCAUACCUGAACUCGCUCGCACUGGGCCGGUCCCCUUACGAGGCACCAGAGCUUAUUGUAGAUGGAGCGGCUAUACCUCAGCCCAAUCGACACCUAGCAAAUGCGAACGCUGACGGAUAUAUCCAAGAGUAUGAUGCACGGGGUCAUCCUGUCAACCGGCAUUCAAAGGCAGAGGCUAGACAGCUUCGGAAGGCUAAGAAUGAUGUUUUAUCAACCAUGGGAAUCGUUAGUUGGCUUCGCCGGAUUCUAUCUAGCUGGGCUUCCAGUUUGGACGAUGUCAUUUUUGUUGUCCGUCUGCCGGUCACAUCUCUUAGAGUCGGCUUUAGAUUCCCUCCACUCAACCGUUUCCUCCCUUCUGGACGCAAAAUGCAUUUACUUACCGAUAUACUGACUCUAUCUAGAGCCAACUCUGCCGUUAUAAUCAUUCUUGGACAAGGGUACAUGUUCUCGCUUCUGCAGUCACUUCAUCUAUUACCCGCAUUUUCGAUACCCUCUCCAUAUUCUUUCAUUCCUUUUACUCAAAACUCGUUGAUACAAUUACCCCCUUUCCCUUCAGAGUUAUCUGUCCAUUCCAUUGGACUAUAUGGUAUUUCUCUAAUUACUUCACCGUUCGUGCUAUUUAACUUAUACACCAACAUACGUCCGGUGGUUGAGGCUAGAAUCUACAGAAUUCUUCGGCGACGUCUUCCCAAACCUGAUCGCCCCGAUAAGCUUUCCCUACGAGUUGCUGUAGAGAAUGAGCUUAUUGAGUGGACUGUUCCAUCACUGGGAAAGAGAUCAGAGGAAGAAAUAAAAAGAAGCCACUUUACCUUAGCCCAGGAAAUAAAGUAUGAAUUGAUAACCUUCAAAAAUUGGCUUCUCCAACUUGUGGGCUGUCAACCAAUUACGGAACUUGGGUCAAUUCCUGGAGAAGCCCCGUGGCUAGAAAGAUACGAAUCUGUUCAAAGGCGUGUCGAGCAGUUACAGCGUGACCUUGGCCUUAGGACGGUGAACCCGGGAAAUAAUCAUGAUGCUCCAGAAGUAGAAACAGGGCCAACACCAAUAUAUGGAGAUGAGCGAGCAACGAUGCACGUAUCAACUGGCCAUCCAGUCCCGUUGCACUCUCACCCAUCACAGACGGAUGACAGUAAUGAGCUUGGCCAAAUUCUUGCGGACGAAGAGAAUCGAUUUGCGCAAUCACCACUGCAAAUGCCAGAAGGAUAUUUCCCAGAUAUACAAGCUUCUUUACCACCUGGUAAUGAUACACGCCUGCCAAUACCAAAUCACCAUAACGUGCCACUUCAACCCACAACACCUGCGGCCAUUACUGCUCCUGCUCCUGCUUCUCGGACAAAUACUCUGUUCUCUCCAUCCCCCUCUCCAGAAUCAUCCCCACCAUCUUCUCCCCGUGUUAGGGCAUCACUUAUCCAUCAAAAUUCCGAUGUGAUUACUAUGCACCUAGAGCUGUUGCAAAGCCAUACAGAUGCGGAAGCCGAAAACCAGGCUUUGAACGCAAAUGUAUCCAUUCCCAAUGGUGUUGUUCAUAGAACUGAGUCCCAAAGCAGCGCCAUAGAUCGUGCUGCAUCUGAAUUAUUGGACGCUCUACUCACUAGCCCAGGUCACCCCUCAGAUGGGGACCCCACCGGUUUGAACUAUCAACAGGGCCAUACAACUUCUGACGAAAUUGCACAAAACGGCAUAGGCCCUAAUGUGCAUAUUCCGCAACAAGAGUCGGACGCAAUAUGGCAAGCUGGGGGAAUUAAUUCCAGUGGCCCAAAUGCCGCCCAAGACAACAUAAGUAGCAGCUCUAGCGAACAAAUAGCUAAUGGUACUACUUCUCAAAGGCAGCCUCUUCUCGAUUGUUCUGGACAACAACCUGGGGAAGAUUGGGACCAUCGUGUUACCAUUCUUUCUUCACACCCUGUUGAUACAUUUUCCUCACACUUAUCCUGGAUCAUUACUUCCACUUUGUUUUAUCCUCUCGAGUCUCUCUACCUACGAAGUCUAGCAUCUACAUUUCUGUCUGCCCAAUCUACAGCAAUGAUUCUCCCAGUUGGGGCUACAACAACUCUAGUUGGGCUUCGUUCUAACGUGCGGCCUUUGGGUGCCUGGUUAGGAGGCGGUAACGCAAUGGAUAUGUUCUCCUACAUUGGGAAGAUGAUACUAAUUGCUGGAUUCGAGACCGCUAUCAGUGCAGGAAUCUGGGGAUUAGGAGCUGGUGCUGCUGUUAUGCUGGGCCGAAUAAAAUUCCAAUGGGGCCAGCUGUAG